AUGAGUACUCUCCCUCAUAAAUCACAAUCAAAUAAUAUUACUCCAAAUAUAUCAAUUUCAAAUUCUGGUGGAUCAGAUUCAAAUGCUUCAUCAAUUAAUUUAGGUUAUGAUUCAGAUUAUAACAAAACUUCGUCAUCAUCAUCACCUUAUAAAUUAUACUUGAAAAUUAAUGCAUUUAGAGCAGCUGAUUUAGUUUCUACAAAUGAAGAUGAAGAAUCAACUAAGAAAAGUCGUCAUAGAUAUACGAACCCUAUAUUAGUUGCUAAAAUGAAUAGUUUUAAAGGUUCAACUUGUAGGAAAACUCAUACUAAUCAACCUAGUUGGGAUGACGAAAUAUUAGUUCCUUUAAAAUCCGGUGAUAUAAAUCAACUUUUGGUAUUAUCAGUGUGGGAUAAACAUAAGAGAUUUAAAAACUAUUUAGGUGAGUUACGUUUAAGUGUUAAAGAUUUAUUUUUAAAUCAAGGUAAAUUUACAGAAAAGACUGAAUUAAAAUGGUAUAAGUUGAAUUCAAAUUCUACAGUUCAUGCAUUUGUUACAGGAUCUUUAUUAUUAUCAUUUGAAUUAAUAACUAAAAAAAGAAAAUUAAAAUUUAAACAAAAGGAACUCAAUUUGGUGGAUCGAUUAAGAAAUUUAAAAUUUAAUGAAACAGAACUUCAAUUUAAAAAAUGGUUAGACAAUUUAAUUGAUGAUUCCGAAGAACACAACUUCCAUACUUUAAGACCAAAUGAUCAAGGAUUUUACGAAGAUGUUUUAUUUGAUAUUUCUGAUUUAGAUUCUUUAGCAACAGGACGAUCAAAACCUAAUGGAGAUAAUUCUUCUGCAUUUAGUGAAGAGAUUGCACACGAUAGAAAAUUUUUAAAUGUUAGGAACAAUAAUAACGGAGAUGCAAAUUCAAUGUCUGAACAAUCUUCAUUUAUAUCUUCUGAUGGAAUGAGUGAUAUGUUGGGUGAUUCUGACGUUACACAGAAAGAUAAAAGAUCAACUAGAAUUAAAAGAAAAAUGAGAAUUAAACAAUUGGGUGUAGAUAACAAAUUUGAAAUGAAUUCACGUAAAGUUUUGGGAGUAGUAUUUAUUGAAAUUGUUUCAUGUGAAGAUCUACCACCAGUCAAAAAUUUAACUAGAACAAGUUUUGAUAUGGAUCCAUUUGUUGUUGUCACAUUCGGUAAAAAGACUUUUAGAACUAGUUGGAAAAGACAUACCUUAAAUCCAAUAUUCAAUGAAAGAGUUGCAUUUGAAAUUUUGCCACAUGAAAAUAAUUUUAAUAUCCAGUUUUCAGUUUUAGAUAAAGAUCAAUUUUCAUUUCAUGAUAAAGUUGCAGAUAUUGAAUUACCGUUAAGAGAUUUGACAGAAUUUGCAACUGCACAACCAACAACUUUGAAUAGAAAUAAAUCAGAAUUGAGUGUUGAUAAAUUGGAUUCUGGUUUCACUACUGGUGAUGAUGAAAAUCCUUCAAAUUCAAAUGUUAAAAUUUUGGAAGAUGAUGAUAUAGUUCAAGCAGUUAAAAAGAAAAAAUUCAUGAAUCGUAGAAAAAUAAUUGAAUCUACUGUUGAUACAUCUAAAUUUAGAGUUAUGUCAUUAAGUUUAGAUUUACAUGAUCAAAAAUAUAUGGUAAAAUAUGCACCAAAAUUAAAAAUUAGAGUUAGAUUUGAAACAUAUGAUGAAUUAAGAAAACAAUUUUGGAAUGUCCUUUUGAGACAAUACGAUUUUGAAAAUGAAAACUCAGAUACUUAUGAUUAUUUGGAAUUGGCAUCUUUACUUGAUACUUUAGGUACAACAAAUAGUGAUGAAUUAGUUGAAACAUUUUAUAAAAAUUUAAAUAAAAAUCCUGAUGAUUUAAUUACAUAUGAUGAAAUUAUAGAUCAAUUGGAAAUCCAUAUCAACCUAAAUGAUCAAAGUUCAAAUAAAAUAUUUGUAUUUGAAAAAUGUCCAAUUUGUUUACAAAAAAGAUUUUCAAGAAAACAAGAUAUUGAUAUAGUUACUCAUUUUGCUAUAUGUGCUUCAAAAGACUGGAGUAUUGUUAAUAAAUUAUUGGUUUCUUCAUAUGUUAGUCCAAGACAAGCAACUAAAAAAUGGUAUUCGAAAGCAUUGAUAAAAUUAACUUAUGGGAAAUAUAAACUUGGUGGUAACUCUGCAAAUAUUUUAGUUCAAGAUAGACUUACUGGAUUGAUUUUAGAAGAAAAAAUGAGUGUUUAUGUCAGACUAGGAAUUAGACUACUUUAUAAAGGAUUAGACAAAGCAAAAUCCAAGAGAGUUAGAAUUUUAUUAAAAAGUUUGAGUAUAAAACAAGGUAAAAAAUUUGAUUCACCAAAAUCAAAAGGUGACAUUGAUUCAUUUAUAAAAUUUCAUAAAUUAAAUUUACAAGAAUGUCUUAUUGAAAAUCCCGAAGAGUAUCCUACGUUCAAUGAAUUUUUUUAUAGAAAAUUAAAACCAAAUGCAAGAUUAAUUGAAGAUUCAACGAAUGACAAGAUAGUUUCUUCCCCAGCUGAUUGUCGUUGUGUUGCUUAUUCUUCUGUUGACGAAGCUACUGAAUUAUGGAUUAAAGGUAGAAAUUUUACUGUAGCAAAAUUAUUUAAUGGUGAUUUACAAGAUAAUUUAAAUAUUCCUUUCAAAACUGAAGAUUUAUCAAUUGGUGUUUUCAGAUUAGCUCCACAAGAUUAUCAUAGAUUUCAUUCACCUGUUAGUGGUAAAAUUGGAGAAAUUAAAGAUAUAAAUGGUGAAUAUUACACUGUAAACCCAAUUGCUAUAAGAAGUGAAUUAGAUGUAUUUGGAGAAAAUAUAAGAAGUAUUGUUCCAAUACAUACAAAAGAAUUUGGCACAGUAUUAAUGAUUGCAGUUGGAGCAAUGAUGGUAGGAUCAAUAGUUUUAACUGUCAAACCAGGUGAUGAAAUUAAAAGAGGUGAUGAAGUUGGAUAUUUCAAAUUUGGAGGAUCAACAAUUAUUUUAUUAUUCAACAAACAUAAAUUCAUACUAGAUUCAGAUAUUUUAUCAAAUUCAAAAUCUUCAAUUGAAACAUUAGUUAGAGUUGGUCAAUCAAUAGGUCAUUCACCAGAUAUUCAAGAAUUUAAAAGAGAUCAUAGUGAAUUUAAUAAAUUAUCACAUACGAAAAAAUUAAAUCUUAUAAGAGUUUUAACUGGUGGUGAUUUGAAAGAUAAACAUCAACUAAGUAAUUGGGAAGCAAGUAAAAUUUCAAUUGAAUCUGAUAAUGAUGGUGAUGAAGCUUAUUUUGAUAUAAAUGAUGAUGAAAUUGAUGAAGAAGUUGUUAAUAAUGAUAUUGAUGAAGAUGAGGAUGAUUUUGAUGAAGAAGGUUCUGUAGAAACUAAUGAUAAAUAA